UAUAAAUGUAGUCAUAGAAAAAUCUUACUUCGCCCACUGCAAUCUCCCCACGUAUCUAACCAACGAUGGAGCGACGCUGCCUCAUUUCCUUCCUCGUUUACGCUCUCUUAUCAUUUACUAUCGCGUCCACCACAUCCCCCGAUGAACUUGACGAUCCGUUGAUCCGCCAAGUUGUGCCGGACGGCGAUCAGGAUCAUCUCCUCAACGCAGAGCACCACUUCACUACUUUCAAGGCUAAAUUCGGGAAAACCUAUGCGACGCAGGAGGAGCACGACUACCGUUUCAAAUUGUUUAAAGCUAAUCUCCGACGGGCGCGAAAGCAUCAGAUGAUGGAUCCUACGGCGGUUCAUGGAGUCACCAUGUUCUCGGACUUGACUCCACGUGAGUUCCGGCGUCAGUAUCUUGGCUUGAGGCGGCUCCGUCUUCCGGCAGAUGCUCACGAGGCUCCGAUCCUCCCGACUAAUGAUCUUCCCACCGAUUUCGACUGGCGUGAUCACGGUGCUGUCACGAACGUCAAGAACCAGGGAUCAUGCGGAUCGUGCUGGUCGUUUAGUGCGGCCGGGGCCCUGGAAGGAGCUCACUUCUUGGCAACCGGGGAGCUAGUGAGCUUGAGUGAGCAGCAGCUCGUGGAUUGCGACCAUGAGUGCGAUCCAGAAGAAUAUGGCGCAUGUGAUUCAGGCUGUAAUGGUGGGUUAAUGACUACUGCAUUUGAGUACACCCUCAAGGCUGGUGGACUGGAGCGAGAGGAGGACUAUCCUUACACUGGCAAUGAUCGUGGGCCGUGCAAGUUUGACAGAAACAAAAUUGUUGCCUCCGUAUCUAACUUCAGCGUCGUUUCUAUUGAUGAAGAUCAAAUCGCAGCAAACUUGGUGAAGCAUGGUCCACUUGCAGUGGGUAUCAAUGCAGUGUUUAUGCAGACAUACAUGGGAGGAGUUUCCUGCCCUUAUAUUUGCUCAAAGCGUCAGGAUCAUGGAGUGCUUCUGGUGGGGUAUGGAUCCGCAGGUUAUGCUCCUAUCAGAUUAAAGGAUAAGCCUUUCUGGAUUAUCAAGAACUCGUGGGGAGAAAGUUGGGGAGAGAAUGGGUAUUACAGAAUCUGUAGGGGUCGCAACAUCUGUGGAGUGGAUGCCAUGGUCUCAUCUGUUGCUGCUAUUCACCCCAAUUCAGUUCAGUAAUUAAAUUAUUUCAUUAAGCAAUACAGAGUUGCUGUAAAUAUAAGUGUGAUGUGUACUGUUAAAAAUGUGUAUGCUUGACAAACUUCUUGUGGUAGAAUUAGCUAUUUGUAAUUUCAUAUAAGAACUUUCUAUUCGAGGAUUGUAUACGCUUAAUUUCCUAUGUCUGCCUGUAAUUAUGAAUCCUUGUUAAGUUGUUUAUAUCUUAUAUAAUUGGCUGCACUAACGACUUCUGUGGCA